ACAGUACGGAUUCUAAAAUUUAUGCCAAACUGUAAGGAAAAAAAAAAAAAAGACCACCAUGGAUGACGAAUCUAAAUUACCACGAUUCAGGGCGCCAGAGAAAGAAGAAUGAGAUUUCGAAGAGACGAAGAAUCGGAGAAGUGGAUGUGUUGGUUGUAGGAGUUCGAAGGCUGCAGGGUGGAAGCGGUGGCGUCGGCGGUAAGAGAUUGUCUAUCUCCGCGUCGGUGUUCACCACGGCAGGCACAAUCAUCGACUCCGGAACUGUCAUCACCCGCCUCCCAGCCACGGCGUACUCCGCUCUCAGAACUGCUUUCCGUCAAGGAAUGUCCAAGUACCCAAUGGGGAAGCCACUAUCAAUUCUCGAUACGUGUUACGACCUUAGCAGUUACAAUUCCUUCAGCAUACCCAAAAUAAGCAUUUCCUUCAGUGGCGGGGUUGAGGUGGAGAUAGCCCUGGCCGGAAUCUUGUACGUCAACAGCCCGUCACAAGUGUGCCUGGCAUUUGCCGGAAACAAUAAUGAUUCCAAUGUGGGUAUUCUCGGAAACGUGCAACAGAAAACAUUGCAAGUGGUGUACGAUAGCGCCAAUGCAAGGGUGGGGUUCGCCACUGGCGGGUGUAGCUGAGGAGAUUACAACGAACGAAGAGAAUCUUCGAGUUGCUGCUCUUGAAUCUUGAUAAUUGUAACAAGAGAUUGCUUUGGAUUAAAGUUUGAUGUAUUUGAAUAAGAACUGCUUGGUUGC